AAGUAUGUGUUUAAAAAUAUACAGUCUAAAAACUUGAUGAACUUUUAAAAGUUCAUUACUGUUUGAUUCUAACAGAUCUACUUGCCUGAAAAUAUUUCAUUUAUCCCUGUGCUUCAGAGCCUAAGAAACAGGUUAUUUUUUUGAUAAAUCUGCAUUCUGCUAUUGUAUUUUCUUGGCGUAACAUGCUUUAUGUACAAUCUGUUAUGAAAUUACUACAAAAGUAUUUCAAACAUGAGCAUAAAAGUGAGACUGAACCUUUUCCAUAGUAAUGAAAAUGCUCUGUGUAUCAAAACAUACUGUGGAAACAUUAGAAAUACCCAUCUGACUUUGUUUAUGAUGAUUUCUUUGCUUUAAGUAAAAACUGUCCCAGAUAAAUAAAAUAUAAGCAAUUAUCUUUUGUAAAAGAGAGGCCAUGACAAUCAAUGCAGUGUACAGGGAAUUUUUUAAAAAAUGGAUGAUUUUUUUCAAUUUCUAAACAAAACAAAACAAUGGCAUUUAAUACGGAAAUGUUUUUCUUCUAAAUCUUUCCCAUGGUAAGAAGUAAGUUAGCAGCCUUUCCACCCAAGAAGCCUAGUCAGUUCAAAUAACUGUACAAACAUUUUAAGGGCUUCCUAUCUACAUGGGAAAAUUACUGACAGAACUAUAAUUAUACCAUUAUGGCUAUGUUGGUAUAAUAUCCCAUGUAGACACGCUCUAGUCCAGAAUAAAAGUAACUCUGUUCCAGUAUCACUACUCCACUUUGGAAGUUCUGCUGGCCAGUUUCUCCCAUAUAGACAAGCUCUAGCACUUCACCUUUAAGUCACAGGGCUGCCCAUCCAGCACCUUUCAUGAGUAAUACUUCACUUCUGCAGCUUAAAUGAAUAAAUGAUGUUGAGAUGUUUAACUCCAUUUGCUUUCUUUUUUAUUGAUCUGUGUCUUGGCUCCCAGGAGAGAAGACCCCUGGCAAAACCCCAAACUCCUUCCAGGAUACUUUGGGUCAUCUUGUCUGUAAUCUUGUUUUUCAUCAUUUUCAGCAUCAGUGUGGUGGUAAUUUUCAGCUUUACCCAUAGGACUACCAAGCCUGUUUUGCAGAUUGUGCGGCUAAUGUUUCAGAAUCACCAGGGCUCCCAGAUGAAUCAGUCGGCCUUUGUUGACAAGUCCAAGAAUACUGUUACUUAUCAUGUAACUUCGCCAAGUAACCACACAACGGUGGUCUUGUUCGACAGCAAGAAUGGCUAUGUCUGCUAUAAACUCGCAGAUCAAAACGCAUGUUACCUGCGGAAGAUGGACGAUUGGGACCUUGAGAACGUGCAGAUAUCUUUCAAUCUAUCUGAGCACAGGGUCAAUCAGCUGCUGCUUCAGAAUAAUCAAACUAAGUACUACAGAGAGUUCCUGGGGAUUCUGCCAGGGAGACAAGCAAAUGCCAGAAGCUUGGGGGAAGCCAUCCAAACCCUGUGCGAGCAGACUUCCAUCUACUGGGUCAGGAAAGGGGAUGGCCCUGGGAAGAAGCGGCUCAUUUACCUCUGUAUUGACAUCUGUUUUCCAAGCAAUGUUUGCUUGUCUGUCUGCUUUUAUUACCUUCCUGAUUAAGCCCUGCUCUGAGGGGACUGACUCCCUCCGCCACUUCUCUUUGUACUUGAAUUUAAAUCCUGAAAAGUCUGAUUUAAAUAAGUUAAUGUCUAAGUUAUUCAGAUAACUUCCA